AUGAACUCCACACUUUUUCCUAUGCAAAAACAUUCAAGAUUAUUAUGUCUUUCUCAGUGGCAUAAAAAUUGGAUGUUAGAAUCCAACAAUCAAAUAUUUAGAAUACAGAUUUUGCAAGCACAUGAUAGGAUUAUUGCAGUUUCUGUUUAUAGAUUUGAUUCUUCUCAAACCAUGUGGAAAAAGGUGAAAAGCAUCAAGGAUAGAAUGUUCUUUGUAUCAAGUCUUGACUCAUCUUUUUCUUGCCAACCAAUCAAUCUCAAAACUGAAGGAGGCCGUAUCUAUAUCGCUCUAAACGACAACGACUUUGUCUAUAUAUACAACAUUGAAGAUGACAGUCUUAUGAUAUCUCGGUCUUUCUCUAAUUUACCCAAAAAUCGGUCUUACUCAAGAUGGAUAAUGCCAAAUAUAAGCAUCACUGAUACACUCAAAGAAGAAAAUGCAAAAGCUCUUCAAAUUAGAGAAAAGGAAAAUAUGUGUGGAGUGCCUUCCUUUUUCAAAAAAAAAAAGAAGAAAAAAAAUAUGUCUGGUGCAAUUCAUUUACAGGAGACGGAGUAUAAAUUUGCACUUCCUAUAGACAUUAUUGACGCGGAGGAUAAAUUUGGACUUCCUAUAGACAUUGUUGAAGUGAUCGCAAAACACAUUGUUAACGUGGUUGAUUAUUUGCACUUUCGAGCUGCCAAUAGACUCUUUCAUCUAAUAGACGAGAUGUUCACUUUUGUGCAUCCGAAACAUGGUCUCAAGUACAAAUAUAAUAUAAAUUUUCCAUAUGUUGAAUUUUGGAACUUGAUGACAGAUUGGGAAAUCUGCUGUUCAAAAGAUGGUUGGAUAUUAAUAGUAGGAGAAACUUCAAAUGGUUGCUUUUUCUUCAAUCCUUUUACAAAACAAGUGCUGUCACCUUCAUUAAGGUUUUCAAUCUGGAAUACCCUGUGCGUAGGCCUUUCACAUAACAUUGAAUUUCCUCUCUACCACAUUAGUCCUGCUUUACAUAAUGGAUUGUUUUAUUAUCUUAGCAUUAAAGGAAAGUUGGCAGUUAUAGAAGCAACAAGAGGAGAAGAACCAAAAUGGAAAGAACUAGUGGAGCCUCAAGCUCCAUGCACUGGUUUCUUCGACAGCUUUCUAGUUGAAUGUAAUGGCAGUCUCUUGUCAGUGUUUGAAUGUAGUUAUAGAAAAUGGGUUAAAGUUUUCAAGUUGAAUGAAUCUACAAUGAGAUGGAUAAAAGUUGAAAGCCUCAACAAUCAAAUGCUUUUUGUUGGCAACCAUACAUCAUUUUCUGCAGUGGCAAAGAUUCCUGGAAUGGAAAACAAAAUCUACUUUACGAGAUUUUAUGAUGAGAGUAUUGUGUUUUAUUGUUUAGAAACAAACAAGUACCACACAUUUGAAAAUGAAGUUGUUCAUUUUCAUCAUGUGAAAGAACACUUGAAUAGUUGCUGGAUUGACCCAAGGUGGGACUAA